AUGAGCACCAGGAAUCCUGGUAAAACUGCCCAAAAGCGUAUACACCAACAACGUGAUCAAUCGGACGAUGAUGAGGAACGGCAGGAAAGCGAGGACGAGGCGCCUGAGCAGAAGAAGCAGAAGAAGCAGAAAAAGACCACUGAACCAGUCACGGAUGAUAAAGUAGAUCUCCUUGUCGGUACUUGGGACACGGCAAAGCAGAACAGCUCCAAAGACAUACCAGUAUACGCAUACCUCAACGACAACCAGAGAGUUCGAUUCCGGUAUCAUAAGGAAGAUCAGUAUGCCCUGGAAAUCACAAUUCCUACAGCACCAAUAUACCGGUCCAUCCAAUUCAAGCGGAGCAUUUCAGACCGCAUGAAACCGGACGGAGUAAAGAUCAUCAAAGACCUCUUGCUUGCUCAAAAUGGCAGCGGAAGUGUUGUGGACCCAAACGAGGUCCAUGCCAACGAAGCCGAAACCAACGAAGAAGAGCAUCUCUCGGAGGCCGAAGACGAAAUCUCGACUUCGGAGCUAUCUGCUAAUGCCGAGAAACAAGGUGAGAUCAAGGCAUCAUCCGAGCAUUCUCUCGCCAUUCUCUUCGAGUCUCUAAAGACUGUUGGUGAUAUCGUAAAGAAGCUGGUAUCAGACCAGAACGAGAGCAUCGAGGCGCUGAGACUUGAGAUUGAAGGUAUCAAGCAAGGAGAAAAUUAG